AUGUCAAGAUAUCGAGAUAUCGAGUCUCCGCCCAGCCCCGCCCUCCGAUACCAGGAUAUCGAGAUAUCGAGAUAUCGAGUCCACGCCCUGCCGUGCCCUCCGAUAUCGAGAUAUCUAGAUCUCGAGAGAUCGAGUGCAGGCGAAAAACAGUUUGUAAUCGCCGACGAGAAGAACGUGAUUGAGCAGGAGGGCUCCGAGGGCAAACUGGACGUCUGCGGCGAGGUGCUAGCGGACCUGGGAGUGCAGCCUGCGCUCGAGGAAGUACUACACGGAGCUGCUGAAGAUAGUGGCCAAGAUGACCGUGAGCGGGGUGAUGGUCAUGAACGCGCUGGUUCCUCCAGCGAUGGCGUGACGACCGCCGACGGGGACAUCCCGGACUUCUUCGGCGGCCUCGAGAAGCUGGUAGAGAUGUUUGUUCUUGAUGACAUGGUGUUGCAGGAUUGA